UGCCCUCCACUCCGUCCUUUCCAUCGGACCCCAUUGUUCCCGCUAUAUUCAAAUCUUUGUCUUUAAUAAAUGAAAAAAAACUAGCUGAAUUCUUUCUUUUCAUUUUCCGAUCCGACGAUAUUAUUCGUAACCCACACUGUCGUUGGUCAUGUGGAUAUGAACCCUUCUCCGAGCUCCAUGGUCAUUUCUACUUUGGAGUUCGCGUGGAUAAUAUGGACAUAGUGAUUCAGCAUUUAAUUCCAACACUUGUCAAAGCGUUUAUAGAUGCACAAAAAGAUGGUUACUACGUUCGUCUUCGUCGGAGAUUAUCAUUUACUGUACAUCUUGGAAGAUUAUUAGAAUUAAACGCAUUUAUUGACUCGUUAAAACAAUUUGUCACCAACGCACAAACAAAUGAAACGUUCAUUAAGUUUAUGGCGAUGUUAGUUGAGUCUAUGACGUGGCUACUAGAAGAAGGCAUGUCUGCUUUAGCUGAAGUUAAAAAACGAGAAAAAUUUCAAGUAAGUACUGAUUCGCAAGAACUUUUGGAUACGAACCAACAGUUGCCAUCUACAACAACUGCAUCAGCGAAUGACGAACAAAGAGCCAAUAAUGCUAAUGAUGAAUUCGAUACACAAAGCAUUGAUCAAGGGCACAAUGUUUCUGAAAUUCCUUUUCAACAGCUGGAACGUUUAUGUAAAAGUCUGACUGAUGCGGGCCUAAGAACUAUUCAAGUUGUCGCAACUAUAGCGAAAAUUUUUGGAGAUAUCAUUGUUGACUCUCCGAUUUUGUUACUGCAAGUGACGACUAGUCUUAAUUGCUGUUUGGAACAUCUUAUUGGGCCUCGAUGUUUAGAAUUAAAAGUUUCUUGUUUUGAAAAAUACAAUUUUGACCCGAAGGCUCUUUUAGCUACAACUAUUAUGAUUUAUAUAUCUCUAGCGUCAUUUGACACUGACACCAAGGAAAAAAUCAUACAUUCUGUGUGCAAUGAUACACGGUAUUUUAAAAAAACAGUUUUUAAAAAAGCGUUCUAUAUUGCUAGUCGAGAAGAACUAUUAUCCUCCAAGCAUUUAGAAACAUUUUCCGAAAUUAUUUUGCUUUUGGAAAAAACAUCUGAUAUACUUAAUGCAGAAGAGAAAUGGCUUGAAGAGAUUUGGGAUGAAAUACCGGAUGAGUAUAAGGACCCAAUUAUGGACAAUCUAAUGGAGGACCCCGUAAAAUUACCUACAUCGGGUCACAUUAUGGAUCGUAAAACGAUUGAGCGGCAUUUAAUGACUGAGGAAUUUGAUCCGUAUAAUCGUAUGGCCCUCAAGUUUACUGAUCUUAUUCCUCAAGAUGAACUACGUUUGCAAAUAAAAGAAUUUGUAAAAAAAAAAAGAAGUCAUUACUCUUCUCAGAAACUUAAUACAAUUUAAUUCGUAUUUUACCUCUAUGUUAUUAUGACAAGUUUUUUCUUUAGCUUUAGUAGAUAAUUAGUUUGACACAAUUAUCACGAAAUUGCUUUUUGUGAUUAAAAAUUUAUCUCGUGAUGUAAUCAAAAAUAAACAUUUUCAAUGCAGUUUUAUCUUAAUUUUUUUACUAGUGUAUUAAAAAAAAUUCGUUUUUUUCAAAGCUUUCAUUACGCAGCAUAAUUUUCGUUCAUUCACCAAAAACAUUGUCGAAAUACAGCAAAACCAUUACUAAUAUUAUUUUACCAAUGCAAUUUUGAAAAAUUGUAAUCACACUCUCUAUCAUCUCAAUACAGUUGUUAUAUUAAUUUAAUGUAUUUCCAGUAUUUAAAUACUAAUCCUUUUCUCUAACUUGGUGAUAGUCGAAAAAGAAUAAAAGCUUAAUCUGAAAUUUCUUAUAAGCUUUGAUCGUUAUAACAAUUUAGAAUUGCUUUUAGUAAGCAAUUGUAUUUUGUUAUAAUAAAGCAAUAGCGAAUGUGAAGUGAUGGUGUUUACUACUGCAAUGUUGUAUGAGUGCAUCAUUUUAUUAGAUACAAUGUAACUCCAAGACGAAUUAUUUUCUUUCAAAAAUUUCUUCUAAUUUUAAUGGUCAGUAUUUUUUUAGAUGUGUCUAAAAAAUUAAGACGGAGUAAUUAAAAAAAAAAUGAUUUAAAUCAUAACAUUUUCAACGUGUUCAAAGAAUUUUACAAUAAAUAAUCUGCCUUUCUUUGUGUUACAAUGGAACACUAAUGGUUAUAAA